GUCGCUACUGAUGCCGCUGUUGGAACUUUGGCACCUGUUCCUUCCCACCCCGCGGAGAGAAAAGUUUUCACACUAAUUAUACCACCCGCACUUGACUUUACGGUGCAUCUGCUUUUUUAUUCUGUGAAGCUAGCUGGCCAUUACCCGGAGAGGAGUGUCAGUGGUCACGGCAGGAGCGGCACAACGGGCCAAGUUACAAAACAGCUACACUUGUCGCUAAGCACUAUCAUUGUGGGCGGGAAGAUUGCCAUCGCGGUCUCUUUCCCACAGAGUCGCAGACGACCUCCAGCAUUCCUUUGGAGGACGGACAUACGGAAAUACUUGUAUAUUCUUCUACUCAUUAUGCAUUUCUUCCAGGCUGCUGUAGAGAGGAAACAGCUCGACUUGGCUCCCCUGCGAGAUGCUAAGCUGCCAGUCAUCUUCGUCUUGGGUGGCCCCGGCUGCGGUAAGGGCACUCAGUGUGAGAAGAUCGUCAAACAGUAUGGAUACACUCACCUCUCAUCCGGCGACCUGCUGAGAGAUGAGGUCAGCUCAGGGUCGGAGCGUGGCAAGGCCCUCAAUGCCAUCAUGGAGAAGGGCGAUCUUGUUCCCCUCGAGGUGGUGUUGGACCUGCUGGCGGAGGCUAUGCUGAAGCGCGUUUCUACCUCAAAGGGCUUCCUCAUUGAUGGAUACCCUCGCGAACAGGCUCAGGGCGUCCAGUUUGAACAAAACAUCCUGCCAUGCACCAAGGUCUUAUACUUUGAAGUCCCAGACGAGGUGAUGGUACAGCGCCUCCUGCACCGCGCCAAGACGUCCGGACGCGUGGAUGACAACGAGGAGACCAUCAAGAAGCGCCUGGCCACCUUCCACAAGCACUCUAAGCCCGUCAUCGAUUAUUACAAGGACAAAUGCAGUACCAUCGUCGCCCUUUCCUCCCCAGAUGAAGUGUUCGCCGAGGUUAAGAAGUCACUGGAUGCAAUCUAAAUAAACUGACGGCUUGUCCCAGUUUACCGACGCGAAGAUUGUUAAAGGAAAACGCAUAAUGGUUGAAUUCGAUGCAUAAUGGUUGAACUAGAGCGAUACGAGAAGGGUGAUGGGGAGUGUGAGAUGGCUGUGUAUGUGAGUGACUGAGUGUGUAUGAGAGAGAGAGAGAGAGAGAGAGAGAGAGAGAGAGAGAGAGAGAGAGAGAGCAUGUGUUUGGUUUGUAUGUGUUCCAGCCCCAUACUCCCAUCUCAGACGCCGAUGAAGAGCAAAAAGGAGAGGGAAUGCGUAGAGCAGAUUGCAUACUUGUGAUAUUCGAGGAGUAUAUGCAUGCCUUUGGACUUUCCUUCCUUUGAAACAUGUACAUAAUAAUAACGCACGUACGAAUCUUUCUCUACUGAUCUUUUUUUAUCUAUAUUUCUCAAGAAUCUUUACAGGAAGGAAGAACAAACAGCAGCAGACUUGAUGGCCCCAACGAGGGUGUUUGAGGUGAUGAACUAUGUAACAUAUUUGAUUCCUCACAAAGUCGCGGCCUUCACCUUUUACAAUACCUAUAAUGGAGUCACGUGUUCUGAUUGGACAUCCUCUCAAGUUACGUGGUUAUGACGUCACAGCAAGCGUCCGACACUUCAAGAAUCACGCACCAGUGCUCUUCUUCUUUAGAUAUUUAUUAUUACUACUAUUACUAUUAAUUUCGUGUAGAGCAUAGAUUCGAUAGUUUCGCCUUUAUUUAUUGUUGCAAGUCUUCCGUGAAUACACACAAACACACGCACAUACACACAAAUGCAUACACAUGAAAUCUUCCUACCACAACUCUCUCUCUCUCUCUCUCUCUCUCUCGGCGUAUCGUUACUUCGUGAGUCGCCUCUCUGACAGUUCUGAAUAUUUUACGACACUCUAAUAAACAUGACGAUACUUCUA